UUGAGCACGAUGACAUCUCCAACAUUUGCUUUCUAUCUGACAUACCUGAUCUUUGGGAAAAUAGCUCAGACAACUGAACAAGAACUGUCUUCAUGUGUUCAUCAGGAGAGUGGAUUUGUGUCAGCUUAUGUUGGUGACAGCUUAACUUUGCGAUGUACCUACAAACGUAACGUGGUAGCAAAGUAUUACUGGUACAAACAAACUCUGGGCCAGAAACCGAAGCUCAUCUCUUCCUUCUACUUAUUUGACAAACGUGUCUCUUUUCUUGGUGAAUGCGAGAACAACCCACGCUUCUCACUGGAUACAGAAACUGGUAAAAAUCACUUGAAGAUCUCAGAUUUGCGAAUUUCAGACUCAGCUACUUACUACUGUGCUUGUAGCUUUUCCGCAAGUUUUGAGUUUGCAGAGGGCAUUAUUGUGAGUGUAAAGGGUUCAGGUGUGAACAUCCCAGCUUUGGUCCAUCAGUCAGCAUCUGACACCAUCCAGCCAGGAGGCUCUGAGACUCUGAACUGUACAGUACACACUGGGACCUGUGAUGAAGAACACAGUGUUUACUGGUUCAAACCCAACAAAACCCACACCUGUGUCUACAACCUGCCGAUGAAGAGCCUGAAUCUGUCUCAUGCUGGGAUCUACUACUGUGCUGUUGUCUCAUGUGGACACAUCCUGUUUGGAAACAGGACCAAGCUGGACUUUGAGCAAGACUCUCUCGUCUUGGUGUAUUUCCUAAGUGGCGCUUUGGCAUUCACAACUAUCCUGAGUUUUUUACUGGCUUUCUCACUGUACAUUAUAAGCAAGAGAAACAGCUGCCAGUGUCGAGCUCCCUCCACAGCAAGUGCAGAGGGUUACACAAAUGAGGACAAUCUCCAUUACGCUGCUUUAAGGGUAGAAAAGGCCAGCAGACCGAGAAGACAGAGGAAUAACACAAAGGAUGAAUGUGUGUACUCCAGAGUAAAGUAUUAAAUUUGGACAUGUUUUAUCUUUGUUUCUGUCUAAGAGGACAUGGUCCCAUUACUGUGUCUUUGAUGUGAAGCUUUACCUUGUAAUAAACUAACUUGCUAGCUUGUUUUCUUACCAUAACAUAUGAAAUACAAUGAUUGCUGUUAUCUGUGUGCCAGCAGCUUGCUCAUUGUCAUUGGGACUGAAAAUGUUUGUGUGUCUGUGUGCGUGUGUGUGUGUGUGUGUGUGUGCGUGUGUGUGUGUGUGUGUGUGUGUGUUCACAAAACAAUUUUCUGUUUUAUGUCUGUUAAGCACUUUGUUAACUUGUUUUUGAAAUGUGUAUAUUUAUAGACAGACAGACAGAUGUGUGUAGUUACUGAAAAGCGAGUGAGGAAUAAAUAAAGAGUGACCUGAUAAUUAAUGAAUCGUUAAUAUGGUCCAUAUAGUUGAUGAUGACUUAGAACAGACUG